UGACCCCCUGUCCAGACGGGUCUUCCCCCGGCUGGCCUCUAGCCGCAGCCUGUACCCCGGAGAGAGGAAGGACCGGCGGGUCGACGCGCAGCGCCGGUCACGACAGUAAAAGUGGACAGAAAUUGUCUGGAGCGGCUCCGUCCAGGUACCAAGGAGGAGCGGAGCCUGUAGCCGGGCUGGAGCGCUCAGAGCUGGGGAACCGCGCGGCUCUCACCCGGUCCAGAGCGGUGCUGUCAGGUGGAGACAUGGCGGCACUGAGCCGGGAGGUUCUGUUGUUCCUGGCGGUUGUCCUGCUGGUCUCCUGUAAUGCCGCACCCACCGACAGCCUGUAUCGGGUUCCCGAGGAGCAGCCUCCCAACACGCUGAUCGGCAGCCUGGCAGCCGACCGGGGCCUACCUGACACCGGUCACCUCUACAAGCUGGAGGUGGGCUCCCCAUACCUUCGGGUGGACGGCAAGACCGGUGACAUCUACACCACCGAGAUCCCCAUCGACCGCGAGAUGCUGAGGGACUGCCGCAACCUGUUUGAGGGCGACAAAUGUUUCCUGGAGUUCGAGGUGUCGAUCACCGACAUGGUGAAGGGCAUCGGCUCGGGGCCACGGCUGAUCGAAGGCCGCAUCGAGGUGCUGGACAUCAACGACAACACGCCGCAGUUCUCCUCCCCCAUACUCACCCUCUCCAUCCCCGAGAACACGCAGAUCGGUGCCCUCUUCUCCAUCCCCAUGGCCACCGACAGGGACUCUGGCACCAAUGGUGUGGCCGAAUACUCGCUGAGCACCGGGCCCGACGCCGACCAGCUCUUCAGCUUGCAGGUCGCCGUGGACACCGACGAGAAGCUGCCGCAGUUAGUCGUCAUGGGCAACCUGGACCGCGAGAAGAAGGACUCGUACGACUUGAACAUUCGGGUGGUGGACGGCGGGAGGCCGGCGAGGGCGAGCAGCGCUCUGCUGCGGGUCACCGUCACCGACCAGAACGACAACGCUCCCAAAUUUGAGAGGAGUCACUACGAGGCCGAACUACCAGAGAACAGCCCGCUGGGACACUCUGUGCUGCAGGUCAGAGCCAACGACGCAGACACCGGCAUCAACGGGGAGAUUGACUACAUCCUCCAUCAGGCGUCGGAAACCGUCCAGAGGCUUCUGCGCAUUGACCGCUCGACCGGCAUCAUAUACGUCAAAGGCCUGGUGGACCGUGAGGAGGAGAACUUCCUCAAGUUCUUUGUGGUGGCCAAAGAUCGUGGGCCCAACUCCAAAAGCUCCAAGGUCCUCGUGACCAUCAACGUCAAGGAUCAGAAUGACAACGCACCAGCCAUCGAGAUCCGUGGUAUUGGCUUGGUGACACACCAGGACGGUGUGGCCAACAUCUCUGAGGACAUGCCCAUUGGCACCCCAGUGGCAUUGGUCCAGGUGUCAGACCGUGACGAGGGGGAAAAUGCAGUGGUUACAUGCGUAGUUGCCGGUGAUGUCCCGUUUCAGCUCCGACCUGCAAGUGAGUCAGCCAACGAUCGGAAGAGGAAGUACUUCUUGCAGACAACUACCCUGCUGGAUUAUGAGCGUGUUAAGGAUUACAGGAUUGAAAUUGUCGCUGUGGAUUCUGGGAACCCAGCCCUGUCCAGCACCAACUCCCUCAAAGUCCAGGUCACAGACAUGAAUGACAACACGCCAAACUUUUCCCCUGCGAUGCUCGAGGUGGACUUUGCAGAGGGCAACCAGCCAGGUGACAAGGUGCUGGAUGUUGUGGCAACAGAUGCAGACAGUGGCACCAACGCAGAGCUGGCCUAUAGCAUAAUUGAGCGUUCAGCCACCAAGCUCUUUGAGAUUGACGCCAACACUGGGGAGGUGCGUGUGAAGAACCUGUUGGAUCGGGAGGAGACGGAGCGCUAUGAGUUCCGUGUGGCAGCAGCAGACAAGGGUGUUCCAAGCAAAACUGGCACUGCUACAGUGGUGGUUAAUGUUCUGGACCGCAAUGACAAUGACCCAAAGUUUAUGCUUAGCGGUUACAGCUUUUCUGUCAAUGAGAACAUGCCACCACUCAAUCCCGUUGGCGUGGUGACCGUCACUGAUGCUGAUAAAGGUGAAAACGCCCGAGUGAGGCUGUUUGUGGAACCAGAUAAUGGCAAGUUUGUCAUCCAGAACGGCACAGGAACCAUCCUGUCCAGCAUCUCCUUCGACCGUGAGAAGGAGAGCACCUACACUUUCCGCCUGAAGGCUGUGGAUGCUGGUGACCCUCCUCGAUCCUCCUAUGUAGGUGUGACCAUCAAUGUCCUGGAUGAGAACGAUAAUGCCCCCUAUGUCACCAAACCAGCCAACUCUUCCUACACGUACUUGACACCUGUCACCCCGCCAGACACCCGAGUGGAGGUGGUAGAGGCUGAGGACAUUGACUCUGGACUCAAUGCGGAGCUGGUCUACACCAUCACAGGCGGCAACCCGUACGGCCUGUUCGACAUCUCGCCCAGCAGCGGGGAGAUUACACUGGCGCAGGAAUUCACCGGCAAGCACAAUGGACUGCACCGUCUGGUGGUGAAGGUCAGUGAUAAAGGCAAACCUCCCCGCCACACCACCGCCCUGGUCCACGUUUUCGUCAAUGACACCAAGUCCAAUGUCUCACUUAUCGAGGCACUGGUUGGACACAGCCUCUACACCCCUCUGGACAGGGACAUUGCUGGAGAUCCGAACUACGCCCUUGCUCAGCGCAGCAACAUCUUGUACGGCAGCCUGGCGGGUAUCGCUGGUGUGAUUCUGGUCAUUGUAGCCGUGGUAGUCAUCAGACACCGGCUGCAGAAGGACACCAAGAGUGGCUACCAGGCUGGCAAGAAGGAGAGUAAGGACCUGUACGCUCCAAAGCAGGGCCCCAAAAAUGGCAAAGGGAAAAAGAGCAAAAAGGGCAAAGCUCCAAAACCUGCCAAGCCACUGGAGGAGGACGAGGAGGCCAGCCUGCAGAAGGGCCUCAAGUUCAACCUCAUCAAUGACAGUGUCAACGACAGUCCCAGAAUCCACCUGCCCCUUAACUACCCACCAGGAAGCCCUGAUCUGGGCCGCCACUACCGCUCCAACUCCCCCCUACCCUCCAUCCAGCUGCAGCCACAGUCGCCCUCUGCCUCCAAGAAGCACCAGGCUGUUCAGGACCUCCCUGCCACCAACACCUUUGUGGGAACGGGUGACAACAACUCCACAGGCUCCGAUCAAUAUUCGGAUUACAGCUACAAGGCCAACCCGCCCAAAUACAGCAACAAACAGGUAGGAGACUACGCAAACACGGCAAUGUACCAAAGGGACAUCUAUUGGACCAACCAGGUGUGGUAGUCAUGCUGGGACUUAUUUGGCACAGCCGAUAUUCUUCCACCAAAGUUGCACUGAUUCCCCUGCACAGCACCCACUUCCUGCCAUUUACCCGUUUAUCUUUGGUUUGGUUUUGUUCACCAUUUCUGUUCCGUUCAGUUUUGGUUUUCACUUCAACAUGGACAUCACAAUAUUCAGACCAUGAGGUAUUACACAAGGGAUAGACCAAAUAUGGGCUUACCAAAUAUAUUACCAGCUGAUUUUUCACUGGUAUUUGGUGACCAUAACCCCCUAAAUGAACUCUGCUGAUCCAGAACAUGCUUGAGGGUGGUUUUUGUAAUGACUGACUUGUGUUUUUGCUUUUCAUGUCUAAUCAUACAUCAAAAUGUUCAAUUCUUGCAGAAUUUAAUGAAGAGUUCAUGGUAUGUUAAAGCACAUGAUGUCAUAUUUUCAAGAAUUACAAGUCUUACAAAGCAAAGAUUGGUUUUCACGAUUUUGGAUAUACGAAGAUGAAAAUCUUCGCUACUGAUACUGGGAAUCCCAUAUGGGUCUAUCCUUAGCUUCUACAUGUUUUUCCUUUGUUUUGUUUGUCUUUGCUUUCACCUUUUCAUGUUUUACUUGUGUUCACUUUUUCACAGUGGGUUAAAUGAAGGAGUUUCUGAGUUUCUCCUUUUUUAUUAUUCACAAAUGUUUUGAAUCUGGAGUUAUUUGUGCGGCCAUUGAAAGGUUCACAUUGACAUCCCCAUUUAGUCUGAAUGUGUUUUUCUUUUCUUCCUUUAAUAUUAUUUUUAUUAUUAUUUUUCUGGAGAGCUGAUUCAAGGUUUAAAGCUGCUCUUUAUGGCCCAAUCAGCUUGUUGAAGUUUGACAACAAGUGACUGUGAAUUCCUGCGUUUUUGUACUCAAUUUUAUUGUUUCUUGGCUUUCUUUGGCCAAGAACUAGACUGGCUGAGCAGCACUUAAGAGUGUUUCCAUCCAGUUCAGACCAAUUUAAGGUAAUUUCAUCUCAGUCAGGGAGCCAAGCAGUGAAGAAAGAAAGAAAGGGAAUAAGAAGGAGGAGGGAGAGGGCGUUGUUAAAAGAAAAAAAACAGCCCACCACACUAUGAAGGAAAAGGUACACUAAGACUAAAUACAACCAUUUCUUAUCCUUUGCACCUCUUGUCAGGUCAGCUGAAAUAUGACUUAAUUUUGCCGUGUUCCCAAUUACCAGGGCUAAAAAGUCAAUUGUUUGCACAGAUUAAUGGCAGGUAAUUUUCCAGGCGCCCGCCUUAUUUUACCCAGAGUGCCUUGCUCUAUUCUAUUUAAUGUACAAAAAGGGGGGUAGGAGAUGGGGGCCAUUAACUGCAUGAUUGUGACAAGCUUUCACGCCACGUCGACUGUUGUGUGGAUUCACGUUGAUGGACUCGGGGCUGUGAAAAUGAAAAUGUCGUGCACUGUGAAAUCCAUGGAGACAAUCACAUUAAGGUGUCGUAGUGAUGUUCAGACUGUACAUAUAUGUGAAUGACAUGUCAAAUAUUUUGUUUUGUUUGUGCUUUUUCAUCUACUGUUUAUGUUGCAACAUUACUGUGUUGUGUGUGUGCUUAACAAGGACAUUUCCAUUGUUCUCCUGCUUUUUUAAGACUUGUGCUCACCAUCUAAAUACCUGUACCAAAGACUCACACACACCCACACCUGCGUAUCCAUUGCCAUCAACAUCAUACAGUAUAUAUGAAGCUGACGUUCAGGCUGUGUUUCCUUGUUUGGUUGGUCUUGCAGAGUUCCUGCUGGUGUUAUCAGCUUGCUAGCGCUCCUGCUGGGUUAAUGUUUAGCUUGUUAACACUUGAGCCUGCGGGCGUCACACUUCACUCUAGUUGGAUUUAAAGCCGCACGGCCUCAUAUCAACUCUGUUCCAUCACAUACGUGCUCAAUCAUGUACUCUCUUCUCUGGGGAAAUAAAUGUACAGUGUUCUUCUUUGUUUUGUUUUUUACAGCUAAAAGCAGAUUUUAUUUCAAUAAACAUGUUGAUUUAAUGUUAAAG